ACUAGAUUUGAAAAUUUUCAAAUUUUUAAAAAUUUCUAAUUUUAAAAGAUCAACGGAAAUCGGAGGAAAGAGUAUAGCUGCAGCAUAGCAAAAGUGAGAAUUUUUUCCGAACAUUUUGAUUUUGCGAGCUGCAUGAUCUUAUCGAUUUCGUUUCCGAGCGUUACGUUACGAUGUUCACAUUUGGACAGGCCUUAAUACGCCUUGUACGCCGGCCUUAUAUGCCGAUGCCAACUAAAUACUUAAAAACGCAUGAGACACCUCGAGACAGAGAGGACGCCGGAGAACCCCUCCCUCCUGUCGGCUUAAAAAAGACUGGAGUCAAGUGAAGCGUGGACUAUCCUUCAGAUGUGAAAACGUACAGUCACGUCGGGCGUGCAUGUAACGUUUCGACAGUAAAAUUCGUGAACUUUGAACCGCGUUAUCAGAACAUAACGUUUUACGCACGCUAGAUCGUGCGCGUCUCGAUGUCUCGAUCGUGAGAAGUAAAUUUGGAAUAACCAGACUGCGAGACUCAACGACGCGAUGGCACCAGGCAUGAAUAACGUUAUCAACAAUAGCAAUCAACUCAGGAAUUCAUCCAGCAUUUCGUCCAGCAUGCCGGGACCACACAUGCCAUUUCAAACUGCUGGAGCUGCUCCGCCUCCGUUGCCACCUCGCCAGUCAGUUCAAAACUAUUUAGGGUAUAAUGAUUACAGGCCAUAUGGUUCGAGCUAUUAUAGUAAUUAUGGAGGAUAUGGAGGAUAUGGAGGAUAUGGAGGAUUUGGAGGUAGUUAUAGGGGUUAUGGUGGAUAUGGGUCUUUUGGAAGUUACAAUCCCUAUUCUAAUAACAGCUAUGGACAAAUUGGCGGGCAUAGUGGCGAUGUGGAAAACAGGUUUCAACAAUAUGCGGAGGAAAGCACGAGAUCGACUUUUCGUGUAGUGGAGACUGUACUACAUACGUUUUCGUCUAUUACGAUGUUAUUGGAGUCAACGUAUUUCGCUCUAACAAAUUCUUUUAGAGCGAUUUUGAGCGUGGCGGACAAUAUUGGCAGAUUGCGUUCGACAAUCGGCCAGUUGCUGAGCACAUUCGCUUUGAUUCGUGUCAUGAAAUGGAUUUAUAGAAGGAUCUUGUUUAUACUUGGUCUUCAAACACAAAGUGCCGUUGCCGAAGAUUUGUGGCAGCAAUCAAUAUCACAAAUAACAAAUGGAGAACAGCCGACGACAGCGACAAUGACAAAUGGACGGAUCUCUCCGUGGAUGAAUAUUCUGCUUCUCGGUGUAUUUGUCGCUAUUCCAUAUCUAAUUCAUAAAAUAUCGAGUAAUAUAAGGCAGAAUCAAAUUAAAGUUAAUGAUCCCAAGGAAUGGAUAAAAUGCGAAGAUCCUGUAUGUGUGGCAACUGCGAUGUACGAUUUCAUGGGGGUUUCUAACGAAGAACUCAAUCUGAGAACCGGUCAGAAAAUAUGGUUGGCACCACGGUCCCUGCAAUCUAAGAGUAUACCAGGUUGGUUGAUAGCCACCGACAAUAGGAAUGUCGGUUUGGUGCCUGCCAAUUAUGUAACCAUAGUAGGACAAUUGAAAAGGAAAUCGGAAUCGGACAACAAUGAGAAUGUUAACGGAUCUACGCUAAUUCCAACUUCUGUGCACAAUACAACCGUUCCUAGCGAACAAGUGAAUACGCUAGAGCCUAGCGCUAGCGAACAAAUUGAGUUCUCGAAAAAUAAUAUUAAAGAUGAUCUGCUUUAGACCCAUCACAUUAAGAGAAGACUUUGAUCUAAAGCCGUUCAUUCUUAUAGUCACGAAGUGAUAAUGUCUACCUUAAAUGUAUGGCCUAUAUCUUUAGAGGACACGACUGAUAUAAAAUAAUAUUAUACAAAAUGCCAUAUUUCUUGGGUAUAAAGUAAAAGUAUAGUAAGCUUUUUUCCAUAUACGAUUAAAUUACAAUAUUGAUUUGGAUAGUGAUAAGACUUUUGAUUUAUAUUUGUUGGGAUUUAUCAAUAAGGUAAACAAAGGAGAGCUUGUACAUGUGUAUAUAUUUAAGAUUGAUUAUUCGAUCAAAGAAGAGGAGAGAUAAAUAUGUGCAACCAUUUCGUCGAUACAUUGAUAUAUAAAUAAUUCAUUAUUUUUUGCAAUUCAUUUCUACGAAUGAGAUAUUCCAAUUUCACUCAGUUGUGUGUAAUGAUGCUCGUGCUCGAUAAACACUUAAACGUUACGCCAAAACUUUGUGGCCAAAUUUUUCUGUAUUAUUUUGAAAAUAUAAUCUUUUAUUUGUAUAAUUAUUUAACUUGAAUACUGCAAGACGAGAGAAAUCGGUGAGCUACAUGGUACAAGCUCCCUUUGUAAGUAAAUAUUCAAUCGGUAUAACAUCAUAUAUAGUCUCAUAUAUAAGACGAAGUACUGCAAUCGUGUUUGUACUUGGAAAUCGGUCAGACGGUAUAAAAAUUAAGUGCAAUAUAAUGUCAGUUUCAGAAUGUAAAAUAGCUCAAGAUCAAAAUGUUCAUGUAAAAUAUCUGACAUUGAAAAUAUUAUUGACAAUUAUAGAAUUUUUAUGAAUUCAAUAUUCAAUUCUAUUAAAAAAUAGUAUAUUUAAAUAUGUGCAAUUUUUAGUUUAUAUUGACUUUAAUAUGAUAAAAGAUUGAACUGCUUUCAUUAAUAAGUCUGUUUUUUCUAUGAAUUAUUAACUUAAGAAUGAACUCGAAUAAAAGAUUUUGAAGUAUAGACACGGUUGUUAUACAAGAAAAAAAUUACGAUAUUAUUUUUAAUAUAUGCAAUUAGAGUUUUGUAUAUUUUGUAAUAUUUUAAUUGUAACUAUUAUUCCUACUAGCCAAGUUUAGUAUUUGGGAAUAAUUGAAAAUUAUGUAUAUAUGUGUAAUAUUUAUAGGCACGUCUUUUUCCCAUAAAUUGGGAUUUGAGAUAUUGAAUUAGUGAAACUCAAUAUCAUAUGAUUUUUUUAAUAUCAAGAAUGUUAUUCUUUUUAACGCUUUAAAUAAAAUUUACAAAAUAUAAUUAUGUAAGAUAAAAAUGUAUAAAAAUGUUAAUAUUUUGUGUUUGUAAAGUCUAACGAGAAUCGAUUCGUAUUCAUAAUAAUUUACUCGGAAAUUAUUGAAUUACUUCACAAAGUGAAUUUAAUAAGAAAUAAGAUGUUUUAUCAUUAAGCUGCCUUUUCUCGUUAAUACUUCCGAGAAGCAGAAAUUAUAUAAAGUAAAAUUUUGUUAAUAAGGCAUACAAAAUCUAGAUAUGCAUAUAUCAAUUUGGAUGAUGAUAUAUGAAUAACCAGAUAAAAUAAAGGAUAUACAGAUUAUUGAAUGCUUAUUAGCAAGAUUGUGGCUGUUAAAAAAAUCUAAGUCAACAUACGCAUGAUUAUGCGUACAUACGCACAUACACCUGUGAAAAAUAAUUUUCUUGCGAAACAUUUAUUUUGCAAAUUCCAAGAAGUUUAAUUAUAAAUUAAACUUGGAAUAUAUAAGGCAUACGACGAACAAUAUAACCGCAGAUACCGUAAUAUUUUGCGAAUAACAUCUGUAUGUAAUCAUACUCUAUAAGGUAUAUGACUCUUUUACCAAAUUUUCAUAAAAUAUAUACUCCUUUUUUGGUAA